AUGUUUCCCGGUUCUGGAAGACAAACAUAUCAACAGCAGGGCUACCCACCCCCUCAGGGAGCUCCACAGUACAACUAUGGUCCACCUCAAGGUCCCCCUCAAGGAUAUUAUAAUGGUCCUCCACAAGGAUACAAUGGUCCUCCGCAGGGUCCUCCACCCCAAAACUACAAUUAUGGCCAUUAUGGGCCCCCACAAGGCCAGGGCCAGGGAUACGGCCAGGGAGGACCAGCUCCCCAGAUGUACAAUAACAAUCGUCAACUGGGAGCAAUGAAUGAUGUUUCUACUGCUCCCCAGCGGUUUGGAAAUACCGAUAUGACGUACCAGUUAUCCAACUGUUCCGGACGCAAAAAGGCAUUGUUGGUGGGUAUUAACUACUUUGGAUCGAGCAACGAGCUUCGUGGAUGUGUCAAUGAUAUCAAAAAUAUGUCCAAUUUCUUGAACCGUCGCUUUGGAUACAGUUACGACGACAUGGUGAUUCUCACCGACGACCAAAACCAGCGCAACAAAAUCCCCACAAAAGAAAAUAUUAUUCGUGCUAUGCAGUGGUUGGUCAAGGAUGCAAGACCCAACGACUCGUUGGUGUUCCAUUACUCGGGCCAUGGUGGUAUUACCAAAGAUUUGGACGGCGAUGAAGACGAAGGCUACGACGAGGUGAUUUACCCGGUAGACUUCCAGCAGGCAGGCCAUAUAGUUGACGACGACAUGCACGCGAUCAUGGUGAGACCACUUCCUCCAGGGUGCAAAUUGACGGCUCUUUUUGACUCCUGCCAUUCUGGAACAGCCUUGGAUUUGCCCUUCGUAUACUCAACCAAGGGAGUGGUUAAAGAACCCAAUCUUUGGAAAGACGCUGGUACCGAUGCCUUUGGUGCGUUCAUGCAAUACGAACGUGGAAACAUUGGCGGUGCAAUAUCUUCAAUUGGUGGUCUUCUCAAGAAAGUUACUAAUCUGAGCAGUUCAAACAGACAACAAGUUAUCAAUAUCAAAGCGUCUCCAGCAGAUGUCAUCUCCAUUUCGGGAUGUAAGGACGACCAGACCAGUGCAGACGCGCUGAUAAACAACAAUGCUACAGGAGCUAUGAGUUGGGCAUUUAUCAAAACAAUGACUGAUAUGCCUGAACAAUCUUACUUGUCGUUGCUUAACAAUAUGAGAACAUUGCUCAAGGAAAAGUACUCGCAAAAGCCGCAAUUGAGCAGUUCUCAUCCACAGGAUAUGAAUAUCAGGUUUAUUAUGUAG